AGUAUUGAGGUAUGGGGGGUCGGUGAAGUUAUUAAAACUGUCGUGAGGCAAAUUGAAUUGUUUACUAUUAAAAUAUAUAUUGGUGAAUUUUAUUCCUCGUGACACUACAGUUGUUAGUGGUGCAUUUAAGAUAUUUUAAUGUCGAUCAAGUGUUUUGGGGCACCAACAAAGCGUCAGAGUUCUUGAUAUCUGCCUCAUGUCAGGAAAACAUCUAUUAUUCGGAAGACUAAGUGACUUCGAGGUCUUACUUCUUAAGGAAGGUAGCAGGCUAGGCAUAGGUUUUUGAGAAACAUCUGGGCAAGUGUCAUGUCCUAUAUGAUGGGAUUAUCUGAGGAAAUGAACAAUAAUGCAACCACAUCAGGGGCUACAAUAUCAAUGGAUGAUUUAUAUCCAGCACUUUUUGAGUGUUUUGCAGUUAUUUUGUGUGGGUAUAUUGCAGGACGGCAGAAUUUGCUAUCCCAGGCAGAAACUAAAGGGUUGGAUGCGUUUGUAAGAGUUUUCUCUUUGCCAGCUCUUAUAUUUCUGUCUUUAGCAGAGCUUGACCUCCGUACGGUGAACUGGACGUUUUUAUUGUCAAUACUGGUGGCAAAGAGCAUUGUAUUUUUAUUAGUAGUUAUCAUCACAUUACUUAUUAGUCGUCCUGUGAACCCUGCACGGGCAGGGCUCUUCGCCAUCUUUUGUACACAGAGUAAUGACUUUGCAAUUGGCUAUCCGAUAGUGGCAGCCCUGUAUUCGAAUGUACACCCUGAAUAUGCCAGUUAUCUGUAUUUGAUGGCACCCAUAUCCUUAGCAAUUUUAAAUCCUAUAGGAUUUAUCUUAAUGGAAAUUGGAAGACACAAUAGCACAACAUCGUCUGAACUAUUUCAGCAGCAUAGUAAAAUAUAUUUGAUUCUGUCUGUUGCAAGGAGCAUUAUGUGCAACCCCAUUGUGUUUAUGACCAUCUUUGGAAUCAUUGGCAACUUGAUAUUUGAUCACCAUUUGCCAUCAAUUAUAUCUGGCUUAUUAAAGGUAUUGGGUUCUGCAUUUACUGCUGUGGCAUUGUUUUCACUUGGAUUGCGGAUGGUUGGAAAAAUGCAUACUUUAAAUGGUUCAUCACUUCUUGUGCCUGGAGUUCUUAUUGCUGUGAAAUUGUUGGUGUUACCCUUAAUAACUCGUGAAGUUGUUAGCCUGUUCCAUGCUGGUGAAAAUUCAACAGACACUUUAGACCUUAGCACGUAUGGAUUUUUAUACGGGACAUUCCCAUCAGCUCCAGGAGUGUUUGUGUUUGCAACACAGUACUCAGUUGAUAUUGACUUGAUUGCCAGUUCAAUGGUUGCAUGUACCUUUGUCUCAGCUCCACUCAUGUUUGUGUCAGCAAAAAUGAUUACUGUUGACAAAAUGGCACCUUCAAGUUAUCUUCAAGAGCUAGAUUCAUUUGCAUUUGACAUAAGUGUAGCUGGAAUUGUUGCUUGUGUGUGGUUGCUGGUUAUCUAUAUCUGUAACAAGAAGUACAAGAAAAUUCUCCACAGAGUAACAUUUUGCUUAAUUAUUUCACAGCUCAUUGCCUGUAUUGGUGUUAUAUUGUGGUCAGUGCUGGAUCGCUCCAAAACCUGGGCCUUAUACCUUCAGUUUGCAUUUUACACAGUCGGUGUAUACAGCUCUCGAUUGUGGACUGCAUUCCUGGCUAUCACACUGCUGUUUUUCCAGUGUCGAAGUCUGUGUUUCGCAUUGAAAUUGCAGCCAUAUUUUAUGCUUACAGGCUGGGGAAUUCCCCUGGUGAUUGUAAUAUUUUUGGUGCUCUUCGUUAAGCAAGAGGACAUGUCUGUGGAAAAGUGCAACCCAAACUUUCAGUUUGGAGGGGUACAAGCUAUAAUAACUGUCAUUUUGCUUGUUCUUUGUUUGACAGUGACAGUAGGCUGUUUGAUCCUGCAUCAGAGGUACUGGCGACGCUAUGCACGUUACUUGUCCUUGGUCCAAGAUAUUAAUACAUCAGAGCCCAGACAUUCAGGAAGUAUGUCUUGCAGUGUACUCCCAGGAAUAAAUAAUUGUAUGAAAGACACAACAGAACCCGAAGGACCAUGUAGUAGCAGCCCAAGAGCCACUACAAGCUCACAGAUUAUGGACAUAGAAAAUUUGGAUGAGAAUGGUGUUCGUACGUGCCCAUCACAAUUCAGCUGCCCUUCAGACACUCGAGCUCGGUGUCAGCAACGUCUGGAAGAUUAUUAUUUAGAGCAAGAUGACAUUGAGGAUAGCGACUACCAGGUCCUCAGACACGUUGUGCUUAUCAUUCUGCUUGUCUCCUCGAUGUUCACUGGCAUUGCUCUUUCAGUGUGGACUUUAAUUAUGGAGGCUAUGUCAGGAAUAUAUGUCGAACUGUCAUUUCUUGAUGCCAGUCUCAACUUCGGCCAGAGCAUAUUUGUAUUUGCUAUUUUUGGUCUCAGUCCUAAGGCAGCGAUUUUACCAUUCAUAAAACUAUGGCGGAGGGUGCGAUAUGGAACAUCUACCUUAAGCUUGCCACAAUGGGAAGAACUGAAUUUUGAGACACGACAUGUGUGUGAUCAGUUUGUUAUGCAUCAUUUGGAGAAAUGUAGAAGUGAUAUUUCUGAAGAUAGAAGAUGGCACUUCCGCACAUAUCGAGAAGUGUUCAAGGGAUCUGCACUUGUGACGUGGUUGAUAGAAGCUGGCCUGGCACGAGACCGACAGGAAGCUGUGCAGUAUGCCACUGAUUUAUUGCAGGGUAGGGUCAUUAGGCAUAUAAAUGACCUUCAUCAUUUUCAUGAUCAAUCCCUUCUGUAUACAUUUUGUGUAGCACAACGUUAG